UAAAAGUAGACUCCAAGGUCACUCCAAAAUUCACUGAAAGACUCCACUCCAUAUUUUGUAGUAUGCCCUCGCUAUCGUUAACCGGAAGUUAAUUGAUAGACAAAUAUUAAAAUUGAAAGUAGGCUUUUAAAGAUUUUCUGUGGCUAAUUUGAAAUGGCAAGUCCAACAGCUUGGCAAACAGAAAGAUCAUUCGAACAGACAAACUGGCACAUGUUGCAAGAUGGUACACUUUGUGACGUCACUUUCUUAGUCGGGAAUGAAAAGAAAGAAGAAGUGAAAGCUCACAAGUUUAUCCUGGUGAGCAGAAGUCCUGUAUUCUAUGCUAUGUUCUGUGGCUCACUUGCAGAGUCCAAUCAUACCAUACAAGUUCCAGAUAUAGAACCCGAGAUAUUCCGAGUAUUAUUACGGUUCAUUUAUACCGAAGACUGUACAGUCAACGAGGACAACAACAUGCCCCUUUUAUACAGUGCCAAGAAGUAUGAAACCAACCGUCUUGCAGAGAAAUGUAAAGAUUACUUAAAUACUCAACUCUCAAUGGACAAUGUCUGUGUCAUACUACAACAUGCACACAAGUUCGAUGAAAGUGAACUAGGAGAAAAGUGUCUUGAAUUCAUUUUUGAGAAUGGAGAAAACGUACUAAAAUCCGAUGGAUUUGCUUCUCUACCAAAAGAAGUUCUUCAGAAAAUUAUCGAGUCGGAUAAUCUUGAUGCCGACGAAUUAAGUAUUUACGAUGCAUGCAAGAGAUGGGCAGUUGAGCAGCAGCAACAAAAAUGCAAGAAACAGGAAUGUCCGGAAACUGAACUAAGAAAUGAACUAGGGGAAUUAGUAUAUUCUGUAAGAUUCCCUACAAUGUCGUUUGAAACAUUUGCAAAACAUGUAGCUGUAGAAGACAUUUUAACAUCAGAUGAAAAGGUUUGUGUUUUUCAAAGCUUAGCAGGUGUCGACACUAAAACGCAGAUGUAUCAAUUUCAUAAUACUAAACGUAAACGAGUACAGAAGCAACACUUAAAGUUGUCAAGAUUCGAUUCAAACCACGACAGUGGUUGGGGUUAUAGUGGCUGUCCAGAUGCAAUUAACUUUAAAGUGUCCACUCAAGCCAGACUUGUGGGUGUGAGUUUGUUUGUCCCGUAUUUGGCGGGAACAAUAGAGGGAGAAAUUAGUUUAAAAAUUGGGACUUCCACUUUAGCAUCUAGAAAUGAUCUUAGGAUAGAGUAUGAGCAGUCGAAAUACGUCGAGGAUGUGCUGUUUGAUCAACCAUAUACAGUUGAACCAGGGACGGAAUAUACAAUACAUACUUUGUUGAAAGGCGCACAAACAUAUUACGGCAAAAAUGGCAAACAGAUGAUUUCAUCUGGUACAUUUGAUCUGUCUUUCUUCUCAAGCGGUGCAAGUGAAAAUAAAACAUGCACAUAUAGAGGACAAAUUCAUUCUCUUAUUCUAGAAGUAUCUACUACUGUAUGAAAACACAAAUUAAAGUGACUGUACUCUAGAUUUUGACAUUUUACAUAAUAAUAUAAACAAAAUUAGCGUCUUUAAGAAAAUCGUUUAACUGGCAUUGAAGUAUAUUUCUAGAUAAUAUACUUUGACUGUAAAUUACCUAACACUGUAAAUAAUGUGAAUCUAUUUUAGUAAAAAAAGUCAUUUUUGUAUACUUUCAUUGUACUGUAUUUACAAAAAUGUAUCUAUAAAGGACAUAAUGAACAAAACGUUCGUGUGACGUUAACACCAUAAAUGACGUAUCUAGCUUACCAGCAGAAAUGAAAUGUAAAUUUACAAAAGAAAUCUAACCCAUUUUUUAAAUUUUAUUUACUUGUUCAGAAAUAGUUAAAGAAGAAUAUAUUUGAAAAUCAAGAACUUGACCGUUCCGUUUUAUUUUAUAUCGGCUAAACGGCCAUGAAAUACAUUGAAUAUUUUCGUUAUUUUUCCCAACCCCUACUACGGAUAUCUCUUUAUUUAAGCAUUUUCAAAAUGAAAUAAUUUACAAAACGCAACAAUAAACAAUAAAACUGAAUUUAGCUAUAUUCCUGAGUUUGGAAAAAUGUUUUAACAUUACUUCUAAUGCCAUGAAGACAGGAAAACGGCGACUUCCGUUGAAAAAUACAUCUGCCACUAGGGGGCGCUCCUCAAUAAAAAUGUUGACUCG